AUGAAUCCGUUCUCUGGCGCUACUAUCGAGCUUCCUCCAAUUAUGGACCUCUCAGAAUUGGAACCUUCUCCUGAAAACAAUGAUGAUAGUCCUCUUCAGGUUGAGUUUGAAGUUACGAAGACUAUAUUGUCAGCUGACCCUGCUUUGUUUACUGAUGACUAUAUUGUUACCAUCAUCUAUGGUGGUUGUAAUAACUUGGCAUUUAUUUGGGCAGGAGAUGAAGCUUGGACUUACAUAGAUAAGAGAUUUAUGUCCGUCCGUGAUAUCAUGUAUUUUAAGGGCCAUAUUUUUGCAGUUGAUAGUAGAAAUAGAGUCCUAAUGAUUGAUGUUAAUGGAAGACCUCCACAAGUGGAGGUAAUUGCAUCGCAAGCGAAUAACUAUUCUCAACAGACGUAUCUUGUCGAAUCAUCUAGUGGGGACUUACUUCUUGUAAAAAGAUUUUUAGAUAUUGGAGACGAUUCACAGCAUGCAACUUCAGUGUUUAAGGUUUUCAAGUUGCUUUUAGAGCAAUUUGAGCAAGGUUGGCUUAUGCGACUUGAAGUGAAGAACUUGGAUGGAGACACGCUAUUUUUGGGAGAUAACUAUUCCAUUUGUGUUUCAACUUCCAAAUGGCCUGGAUGUCAGGCGAAUUCAAUAUAUUACACAGAUGACUAUAGUCUAAUUUUAUACCAACCCCCAUCUGGGCGCCGAGAUAUUGGUAUCUUCAACAUAGAGAAUGGAAACUUUGGGACACAUUACAUCAUUGAUUCUUCACAUAAUCAUAUGCCACCCUCGAUUUGGAUUGUGCCAACUGUUUUAGGAAAUUUUGUUUAG